AUGGUUUCACUCAAGUCGACUAUUAUCCUUGCACUAGGCUAUGCCAGCAGUGCCCUCGCCGUCGAGUACAACAAAGACGCCCGUCCUGCUAUUCCCGUCCCCUGUGAUGGCGACGAGCUCGCCCUCGACUCACGACGUACCAACUCUACCGCAGGCUCUGAGCAUGCCUCUCUUGAGGAGAGGCAGUCGUGUGGUUGGAGCGGCACUUUCUAUGAACAGACAAGCUGCUCUGCAUCUGGCAGCCAAUUCACCAAAUGCAGUGGAGGUGCUGGCUGUGUUCUCACCAACUCUGUUCUCGCAUUCGGCUUCCAGAGCAUCAAAGCCUAUGACCUCUCAUGCGACCUCUUUAUCUGGAACGGAGACUGCAGCAGCGGCUACAGUUGGUAUAUCCCGCGCAACUCGCCAACUGGCAUCUGCUGGGGUGGAUUUGGCACUGGUCAUGGCUAUUCGGUUGGCUGCUAA